GCUUAUGUUUCGAACAAUUGUCCCUUAUCCUUUUAUAAAAUGUCUCUUAAAUUAGCCCGUCUUCCAAGACGACCUUUUAUAAGUCUGCGAAAUUCCACAUCAAAACGUUUCGAAACAACAGUAACGCACCAACCAGAUGCCACUUCAGAUUCACGAUGGCUGGGUACGAUCAAAGCUAGGAUUGGAAAAUGUAUAAUGUUUGGAAUGAGCCGGGAACAAGCACGAGAUGCAGGGAAAAUACUCGAGGUACUGGGGCGAGAUUGGAGGGAAUUGUUAGCUGGAAGACAUGGAUAUCUGGUGGAUAAAAAGAGAGCUGGUCUAAGUCGACAUAAGGUUGUCUGGGGGGAGAUGGACUGUAUGAAACAUGUUAAUAAUGUCAUGUACGUACGAUAUGCAGAGAGUGCAAGAGUAAACUGGGCUCAAAAUUAUGCUGUUCAUAUCGAUCCCCAGAACCAAGAAAAAUGGAGGCGAAUGUGUACGCCAGAGGGCUAUGGAAUGAUAAUGAAAAGCAUGAAGACGACCUAUCUUUUUCCUAUGACAUGGCCAGAUCACAUUUCCGUCUAUCACAAACUCGCUCAUAAACCCCAAAGUAAAGAUGAAUUCUCUUUCAAAUUGGAUGUGUUAAUCGUAUCGGAAUUACAUCAGCGAGCAGCUGCAAGAUGCGAGGAAGAUAUUGUAACAUAUGAUUAUAUAAAAGGGAAGAGAGAGGGCUUACAACCAUGGCUUUUGGAUGCGUUUGCGAAGACUUGGGAAGAGCAAAAUGCGGCGAUGAAUAAUGCACUGAGAAAGAUCAAGGAUAUAGAAGAGAAGGUUAGGAAGCUAGAGGUUGAUACCUGGGACAGGGCAGAUGCGGUAGAGGAUAUGGGAACACCGAAGAAGACUUGAGAGGCGAGAUCAAGGCACGGAAAGUGAUUGGUGUCGAUAAUUCAGCACAUCUAUAAGAGCGAAAGCCAGCUCUAGCUACGAGGCGUGACGAGAUGUCGACCAGAAUUAACAUAGCUGGCUCACCAGGUGCUGACUCGGCAGCAGAACGAGAAGUCAUCCGCAUCUGUAGAUUUGUAUAUUGGAGUGCGGCUUAUACUGGGAGAUUGGUAUUGUAUAAAAUGACAAUGAUGAAUGAUAGACGGACAAUGAUGAAUAGUAGAAGGAUAUAUAAUUUCGUAUAAUAAUCUUUUGAACGACA